AUGGCAUCGCCGAGUUCCACAUCACCAAAUGUGGAGUGUGAAGAGCUCUGGCUUGUCCAGCGUCGUGUGCCGGAGCUCUGCAUGCUCCUUUACCGCCCAUUUCUAUACCUUGCGAUCCACCAACCGCCAUCCUGGCCACACCAUACUGCCAUCGCAUCCUAUGUUGAAAACUGUCUCGACGGUUGCAUCAAAGGAGCGUUGCAAGGGGUCCAACGGCACCGCCACCAUGGGACUUGGUAUGUGAACCGAGUUGUAUUUUCAUAUGCACUGAUGAUUCUUGCAGCUGUUAAGAGCCGCUGCGUGAAUGUUCCAACUACAUGGAGAACAGCUGUACAUACUGCUAUGGCGGGGCUGUCGUUUUGGGGAAAGGAGGCGCCAGAUUUGGCCAGGGGAAGAGUUAUAUUAGAAAGAGUUCUUUGCGACAUCGAGGAGACCGAUGUUGAAACGACUGGAAUUUAG